GAUUUUAAUGAGGUGAACCUGAAGCCAUUAAAGGUCCAGCCAGCCGCCCUGACCAAGGUGACACAACACUCACCAAGAACCUUUAACCCUGCAGUUUAAUGGACUGAUUACCUACUCAAGAUGUGGGCUGAUACGUUAUUCAUCGUCUUUAUUUCUAUCUGCACGGCGCUGUUUGGUGAAGGGCUAACUUGGCUGCUUGUGUACAGGACUGAAAAGUAUCAGAAGUUAAAAGCAGAGGUGGAGCGCCAAUGUAAGCGAUUGGAAAAAAAGAAAGAGGCUCAUGGAGACAGCAUUGAUCGACAACAAAAACGGAAAAUAGAGCGAGAAGAGGAAAGACUCAAGAAUAGCAACCGAGACUUGUCGUUGGUUAAGAUGAAAAGCAUGUUUGCAAUUGGCUUUGCUUUUACUGCAUUACUCUCCAUGUUCAAUUCAAUUUUUGAUGGACGUGUGGUCGCCAAACUGCCAUUUCUCCCCAUCUCCUGGCUUCAGGGUUUGAGCCACCGUAACCUACUAGGUGAUGACUACACUGACUGCUCCUUCAUCUUCCUCUACAUUCUUUGUACCAUGAGUAUCAGACAGAACAUCCAGAAGUUGUUGGGCUUUGCACCAUCGAGAGCAGCGAACAAGCAUAGUACUAACUUGUUUGGACCACAGCCGCAGCAGUUGAGUGGGUAUAAAUAAACAAACCAGCUUGUUUGGAUUACCAGUUGAUGACUCAUCACUAACACACAACAAGAGCAUCAACUUCAGAUCAUGAGCAUUGUUCCACUGUGUGAAUGAUGCUCUAUGUGAUAAGAUAUUUGAUUUGGUUAAUUAUAUGAACCUUCCGAGUGUAAUUAAGAUGAAAGAUUUACUGUUGAAAUAUCACCCGGAUGAAAAAGUACUUUUAUCAAAGUUAUUGUUUCAGUACAAUCGACAGAUUUAGUGCUCUGAAUUACUUCAGAUGAACAAAAUACUCACAUCUUUGGCAUUAUUUAAGGAUGAUGGUAAGAUAUAAUGCAUUGAUUUCAGUCAGAUGAAAGAAAUACUGUUCUUGUAUCAUUACUAUUAUGUAUGCAGGAUUGAGUAUCCUGCAUUUAUGAAUAUGAAAAUCAUAUGUGACUCAGUCCAAGAAAUGGUAACUAAGCUUUAGUCCUAGAUAACAGAGUAGAACCUGUGAUUCAGAUGACGAUGGAUCUGCAAGCCACUACUAAAUCGCUAAACCCUGAACUCCUAAAGGAAAUAUGUGUCAUUUUCAUAGUGAUGAAAAAUUGUAUUUUUAUUUAUUGUUUACUUAAUGACUAUCUGCAGUACUUUAGUCUCUUUUUGUUGAUGAGGUUAGUCCCAAGUGAUUUAAUUCAUUUAUGGUUACAGGUAGUUCUGCUAUAACGCGAUAAUUGUGUUCUUGUAAAAUAUCGUGUUAUAGAAAAUCGUGUAAUAGAAAUAACAGGGCUUAUGGAGAAAAUAGGGUUAGGUGCAGAUUACUCGA